AUGGAACUUCGGAUUACUUAUUGUCGACUAUUAUUUAUUUUUAUAUUGACUGUUAUUAGCAUCGCUUUAAUCUUGUGUAUUGAUCCAUCAAAUUUAAUUAAGUUUUCAAUUCGUACAAUCAAUUAUACUUUAUUGAAAAGUAAUGAACAAUAUACAACAACUGUUGUAAUAGCAUAUUUUCCAUUAAAUAAAUCUAAACAUAAUAAAACUCAAUAUCAAUCAUGGAUUGAAAAUCUAUUAGGAUUUUGUCAAUCACCUAUCAUUAUAUAUACAUCAAUUGAAUAUCAACCCAUUCUACAAUAUCUUCGUCGAAAUAAUUCAUUAAGAACUCAUUUUAUCGUGGAAUAUAAUUCACCGCUUGAAAUGCCACCAAUAAAAAAACUUGUUCCUAUCUUUGAACAACAAUAUCUCACUGAUCCUGAACGUGCAUAUCACUCAAUUGAAUUAUAUGCUAUAUGGUGUGCUAAACCGUUUAUACUGAACCGAAGUGCGGAACUUAAUCCUUUUCAAACAAAAUAUUUUCUCUAUAUUGAUGCUGGAGCUUUUCGAUCUUCCAAUUAUCGUUUUCAAUCGUGGCCGUACGAACCUUCAAUUCAUUCAAUUCUUGCUAAUAAUAGACUUCUUCUUGGUAUGAUUUCUCCACUUCCUCGUCAGUUUUGUCCACUGUCAUAUACUAUAGAUAAAGGUCCUAUUCGGCAUAAUCUUAUUGAAGGUGGCUUGAUUGGUGGUACGAGUGAUGUUAUUCACUGGUGGACAUCAAUUUUUUACGAAACGAUCAAUAUUUAUAUUUCAAAGAAUUUUUUCAUUGGAAAAGAUCAGUAUUUAAUGAAUGCUAUUGCACUUACAUAUCCUCAUCGUAUCAAUAUGAUGCUUUCAUUUCGUACCUCUUGUGGUGAUGUAUGGUUUGCGUUCGGACCAUUACUAGCAAAUCAAGCUGAGAAACAAAAAUUGACUUUUUCAAAGACUUGUCAACAUCAGAAUCUAUCUGAAGUUAUUAUUCCUUUCGAACAUAUUUGUAUUGAUCCUAGAAAUGUUAUAUAA